UCGAGCCCGCGACGCCUGUUCUGUUCGUGCCACCUCGUGCUGUCCUAUCACCCCUCUCUCAUCAAUCAAUUCGAUCGCAACAACAGCCAAUCCAUGGAAUAAUAAAGAAACCGGGGCACCUCACUGCGUGCGUGGCCGGUGGCGACGGACGGCGACCCCUGCCCUUACCUACGCUCCGGCGAGUCCGGUCGACCGCCUCCGCCACCUUUCGCCGCGCGGCGUGACCGAGCGUACGGGCUCGACGGCGCGGGAGGGCGGGAGGGAUCGGCGAUGAGCUUCGCGGAUCUGGAGUCCGGGGCGCUGCAGGCGCCCAGGAGGGGGAGGGGCGCCGACGCCACGCGCGCGCUCGUCUUCCAGAUCACCACCGCGGUGUCCUCCUACCGCCGCCUCCUCAACUCGCUCGGCACGCCCAAGGACACGCCCACCCUCCGCGAUCAGCUGCAGAAGACUAGUCAUAAAGUCCUGCAGUUGGCCAAGGAUGCGAAGGAGAAGCUGACAAGUACUGCGGAAGCAGACAAGAGCACUGGAACUAGUGCAGACAAGCGGGUAGCUGACAUGAAGCUUGCCAAAGAUUUUGCUGCGACGAUGGAGGAAUUCAGGAAACUUCAGAAUCUUGCAAUUCAGAGGGAGAUGGCAUAUAAGCCGGUUGUUACCCAGAGUGCUCAGCCAAGCUAUACUACAAAUGAUGGAAGAUCUGAUUCUGAUAAAAUGCCUGAACAGCGAGCAUUGCUUGCAGAACCAAACAGGCUGGAGGUGUUGCAAUUGGAUAAUGAAAUUGUUUUCAAUGAGGCUAUCAUUGAGGAAAGGGAGCAGGCGAUUUUAGACAUCCAACAGCAGAUUGGUGAAGUGCAUGAAGCAUUUAAGGAUCUUGCUACGCUCGUGCACGCGCAAGGAGGCGUAAUAGAGGAAAUCGACACCAACAUUGAUAACUCUGCAGCCGCGACCAAUGAAGCAAAGAAAGAAAUCGGCAAAGCAUCGAAGACACAGAAGUCAAAUUCAUCCUUGCUUUGCCUGCUUAUGGUGAUCUUUGGGGUUGUGUUGCUUAUCGUGAUAAUAGUUUUGGCAUCUUGAGACACAAAUGCUUAGAGGCGUGUUGGCGCACUCGGAGGAGCCAUAUUACGUGCAAGAUUAAUCCUCGCUGUGCGCCGAGCCGUCGAAUACUGUCGCUAACUGAAGUGUGCAUUUUCUUCUUUCCCCCUCUUUUUUCCUUGUGGUUUGUGAGUGUGUAUUCUUAUGUGGCGUGAGUCCAUUUUUUUCCACGGCUUGCCCUGAGUGAACUGCGAUUCUCUUUUUUCUCCUACAAAGGUUUAUUUGCUGCUUUGCUCGAGUCAGAAACUUGACAUUCUGUAAGUAUUUCCAUUGAAUAAAACGAACAGAGGUUAUUCCGUCUCAA